AUGAGUUGGACGGUGACGAGCUUGGUGCUCCCCCUGGUGCUGCUGUGCACGUGGCGGCUGCAGGAAGGCGCACAAGCCUGCACGUGCGGUCCUGCGCAUCCGCAGACAGCGUUUUGCCAAGCAGAUGUGGUCAUCAAGGCAAAGGUGCUUGCAAGGAAUGAUGUUGUUGGACUUGAUGAGCCAAUCAUGUAUGACCUCAAACAGACCAAGAUGUUCAAGGGCCCCGACUGGGAGGUUGAUGCCAUCUACACCACAGCCUUCUGUGGAGUGACUCUGACCAAAGGCGUUCAGUAUCUUAUCACAGGCAGGCUGGCACCUGAUGGGUCUCUGCAUGCCAUCGUGUGUGACUUCAUUGUGCCCUGGGACAGCCUGACUGCCUCACAAAAGGUCAACCUGGUAGAGCGCUAUGAAAAGGGCUGCGACUGCCAGAUCACGCUGUGCCACGCCGCCCCGUGCAAGAGCAGCAGCCCGGCCGAGUGCUUGUGGACUGAUUUUCUGGCAAGCUGGGGCAGUAGAGAGCAGGCCAGACAUUUUGCUUGUGUGAGGAGAAGUGAUGGCUCUUGUGCCUGGAUCAGGGGGGCCCCCUCACCCAAAAAUGCCGUCAGGAACAUUAAAGGCGGCUAA